AUGCUCUCAGAUGCUUCCCUUUCCUCUCCCAAUCUGCGGAAAGUUGUGGACAGGGGAGGGGCACCGAGUCGGCGCGCGGGCCGCCUGUUGGGCUCCGCUGCAGCCCCACCCGCGCGGCCUCGACUGCCGGCCCCAGCAUGCACCGCGGCCGGCGCCUCGCACGGCGGCCUCAGGACGCAGCGGAGGGAGGUGCGUGGGGAGGACGUGGCCGCCGGGCCGAGGGCUGUGUGUGAGGAGCGCGGGUGGGGUCGUGCCCUGUCCCUGACCCCAUGCAGGCCGCACCUUGCUCUUGUCCCGGCUCAGAUCCAGACCCCUGUCCCCGCGCAGGCCAAGGCCACGUCCUGUCCGCGCAUAGGCUGUGCCCUGUCUCUGUCCAUUGCUUUGAGUUCGUUGAUAGAGAAGUAUCGUAAACAUUCAAGAAUGUUUCAGACAUUUAAAGAAUUUUUCUGGUUGGAAAGAUUCUGGCUUCCUCCAACAAUGAAGUGGUCAGAUCUUGAAGAUCAUGAUGGACUCGUCUUUGUAAAACCUUCUCAUUUAUACAUGACAAUUCCAUAUGCUUUUGCCUUACUGAUUAUCAGACGUAUCUUUGAAAAGCUUGUUGCUACACCUCUAGCAAAAUUACUUGGUAUUAAAGAACCAGUUCAAAAGAAUAUUACACCCAAUAACGUCUUAGAGAAUUUUUUCAAACAUUCCACAAGGCAUCCAUCUCAAACUGAUAUUUAUGGCCUGGCAAAGAAGUGUAACUUGACGGAGCGCCAAGUUGAAAGAUGGCUUAGGAUUCGGCGGAAUCAAGACAGGACUUGCAGGAUGAAGAAAUUCCAGGAAGUUUGCUGGCGAUUUACCUUUUACUUAGUGCUUACUGUUGCUGGAAUUGCAUUUCUUUAUGAUAAAUCCUGGGUAUAUGACCUAUGGGAGGUUUGGAAUGGCUAUCCCAAACAGCCCUUGUUACCAUCCCAGUACUGGUACUACAUUUUAGAGAUGAGUUUUUAUUGGUCUCUGUUGUUUAGCCUUGGCUCUGAUGUCAAGAGAAAGGAUUUUCUAGCUAAUGUCAUCCAUCACCUGGCUGCUAUUAGUUUGAUGAGCUUCUCUUGGUGUUGUAAUUAUAUUCGCAUUGGGACCCUUGUGAUGAUGGUGCAUGAUGCAGCUGACAUUUGGCUGGAGUCUGCUAAAAUGUUUUCUUAUGCCGGAUGGAAGCGAACCUGUAACAUCCUGUUUUUCAUCUUCUCUGCCUUAUUUUUCAUCACCCGCCUCAUUAUUUUUCCCUUCUGGAUUUUAUAUUGCACUCUGAUUCUGCCACUGCACUACCUUGAGCCUUUCUUUUCAUAUAUCUUCCUCAACCUACAACUCAUGAUCCUGCAAGUCCUUCACUUUUACUGGGGUUUUUUAAUCUUGAAGAUGCUCAAAAGAUGUAUAUUCACAAAGAGCAUCCAGGACGUGAGGAGUGAUGAGGAGGAAGAAGAGGAGGAGAAACAGGAGGAAAAGGAGAUGGAGGAGGCGGCUCCUAAAGGCCAAGAGAGAGACUGUUUGAAGAAUGGCCUUGGGGCUGACGGGAACCUCAUUCCCAACGGCCAGCCCUGUCAUUAGCGUGAAGCCCAUGCAGCAAUGGGGCACCAUGUGCUGCGAGGGCUACUGGAAGCCGGGAGCGCUUCCCACCAUCACUGUGGCCACCAGAGCCACAGACACCCCAGAUUCUGCCCUUCCCUUUGCCUAUCCACCACUU